AAUGUAUAUUUCACAGAUCAGAACAGCAUUUCCAUACCAACGAUGAAAAACGACAUUUUCAAGUGUGGUAUUCUUGUUACCGGAUUCUGGCUUCUCUGUAACGUUGGAAUCGCGCGAUGUUUCACAGUGAACGGGGCAAACUCUGUCCACACCAGUUUGUGGCCAGGAUACAAUCGACUCGUAAGGCCCGCGGAUAUUGUGACGGUUGAAGUCGAGUUUAUUCUGCUCAGCAUCAAUGACUUAAAUCUAAAGCAACAGAAACUGUCCACAGCUGGAUUUUUCACAAUGUUCUGGACAGACAGCAGACUUACGUGGACUCCCUCCUCCAACGAUAACAUCUCCUUCAUAUAUUCUGACGAAGAUACAAUCUGGAAACCGGAACUAGUAGUAGAUAACUCGAUCACCCAGAUAUCAGUGAUAUCGGACCCAAACUUGCUUUUCCGGGUUGAUAAUAACGGACACGUGAAAUGGGAGCCCCCCGGGAUAUACAACACACAUUGCGAGGUCGACAUCACGUGGUUUCCCUUUGAUCGUCAGACAUGUUACGUAGAGUUGACAAGUUGGGGGUAUUCUAUAGAUGUGGUGAAUUUAUCACAUCAUAAGACCAAUAUCAACUUGGAAGAUUACAAAACUAACGGUGAGUGGAUCAUUGAGAGUACCUCCCUUGCCUGGAGUGAACUGACUACCGACGGGAUCAAAUACUCGCAGCUAGAAUUCAUUAUUCAUAUGGCUAGGAGACCAACCUACUACUUUAUGAAUAUGAUAUUCCCGAUAGUCUUGAUCUCCUUCUUAACAACGAUUGUAUUCAUACUUCCGGUAGAAUCAGGGGAACGGAUUUCAUUCAGCAUCACCGUCCUGCUGUCUCUUGCUCUGCUCCUGACUCUGAUUUCAGACAUCAUGCCGACAACGUCAAUGCAUACAUCAGUAUUGUCAAUAUACAUCAUGUCGAUCUUAACGUUAUCAACACUUUCCGUCUUUCUGACAUCAUUGAAUUUGCGCCUUUACCACCAAGAAGAGCAGAUGGAUAUUCCAAAUUGGCUGAAGAUGUUAACUAAGAAAGUGCUUCAAAAAUGCAAAUGUAAACGCAAAUACGAAGAUAACCGAACUGAAUCACAAAAAGACAUCAUCCAAAACGAUAACAACAUGACGAGUUCUGAUCGUAACUGUCAACACUGCUUGGGAAGACAUAGACAAAAGCACUAAGGAAGUUGAGGAUUUCUGUCUUUCCUCGAAAGAAAUCAGCAUUCUGUUUGAUAGGUUCUGGUUCAUUCUUUUUCUCGUAUUAACAAUAAUUUGUACUUUCUUCUUUUUACU